AUGGAUGUGGUGAUUAAGGAUGGAAGUGCAAAGAUGGAAAGCAAAUUCAUCCUGUCCACCAAGUUAACUGUGGAGGGACCUCUUAGAAUGAAAGAGGAAUAUGUUGAAGCGAUUCUUGAGACACCAACUGUCAUUGAAGAAACAGUGCCAGAACAGCUAAAAGGUGCAUUUGGUCAGGCUGUUAGCACGAUGCAACAACUUCCUGUUCCUAUUAGGGAUGCCUUUUCUAGUGGACUGAAAAUUCCUCUAACCGGUACUUUCCAGAGACUCUUCAUGAUUUCUUACCUUGAUGAUGAGAUACUUAUACUAAGGGAUGCUGCUGGAAUACCCGAAGUCCUUACAAGGUUGGAUGCACCAGCCUCUCCAUUAGCAGAACCAAUUGCAGAGUAUGAGAGCUAG